ACGCUUUGCUCUAGUCUAUUCCCUACCCCUACUCUGCAUUUGGAUCUCUAUAUAUAAAUCUACUUUAAGUGUGUAUAUAUAAAUAGAGACUACUGCUGGAAUAUUCAUUACCCAAACACAGCCAGCCCACAGAUUUGUGCAUAGUGUUUGGGAGAUAAGAACGGGAAUUGGCGAAGGCCCACCGCCAUUAUCGCCAAGAUCUCCAACGACAAUAGUAUCUUCCCUGCACAUUCACAGAGGCUUUACUCGGUUCAUCUUCUGACUUUCUGUGUGCUCAGGGUCUUGGUAGAGCAAAUGGGUUCGCUAAUGGCCGGAUGGGAUUCCCCAGUCCGCGAUCCUAAGCGUGUGACGUACCAGAGGAACUCGUCCCUCACCAGAGGAGAGAUUGACGCUUACUGGAAAUCGAAGAAGAAAACAGAGGAAGAACACCUCAGAGCCAUCUCUGCUUCAUCCGACUGCAGCCCGGAAAGCACACCAGACAAGUAUUUUGAAAGAAUCCUUCAAAGAUCAAGCUCCCUGCCUUCAUCCAAUUACACGAAGAAGGACAUCUUUAUGGAGAUGGACGAAACUGGAACAAGUUUGGAGAGACUCGUAAAGAAAAAUGGCUGGUGGACGAAGAGCAGUUUGGCAUUUCUGAACGAACCUCCGGUGAUUGCAUCAGCAGAAGGCACUUCCCACAAGUAUGCUUCGCAGUUCCAUGUUGCCGGAAAAUCAGAAUCUUUUUCUGGGAUUAGUGCUUAAUUCACAGCCGAUGUGUUUUCAGAACUGCUGGAGACUCUUGUCCUCGUAAUCCUGUAACAAAUCUGUGUAAAUUUGAGAGUUUUUAUUUUAUUUUAUUUUUUCGGUCGGGGUUGGGUUGUGCUUUAAUGGACAUGUAAAGUUUGGAUCAUGUAGAUUGAUCAUCCCAGAAUGAAUGCGUGUGCUUGAUCAUCAAAAGUGGUUAAGUGGUCUUUUUAUGUUCGAAA